AUGGCCGAUUACCAUGGAGCAGGAAGCUCCACAUCAGAAAUAACCAUGGACAUUGGGUUGAUCAGUAAUGACAACGACAAUGGCAUUGCUAGGAAGCAGUCCUUCGGCUAUACAGUCUCACCUCACUCUCAACAAGCUACAUCAUUGAUCCAAAGAAGGGCGAAAUUCGAUCUACCCGUAAACUCUGAACAUAAAGCCAAAGUCGUGAAACUAUUCUCCUUUGCAAAUCCACAUAUGAGAACCUUUCAUCUUUCUUGGAUUUCCUUCUUCACUUGUUUUGUAUCAACAUUUGCUGCUGCUCCUCUUGUUCCGAUUAUACGCGACAAUCUAGACCUAACCAAAACCGAUAUUGGUAAUGCAAGUAUUGCUUCAGUCUCCGGUGGUAUCUUUUCCAGGCUUAUCAUGGGAGCUGUCUGUGACUUGUUAGGACCAAGAUAUGGUUGUGCAUAUUUUAUGAUGCUUUCUGCACCCGCUGUGUUUUGCAUGGCUUUGGUUUCAUCUCCUGGUGGAUAUGUUGCUGUUCGAUUCGUGAUUGGGUUUUCGCUGGCGACAUUUGUUUCUAGUCAAUACUGGAUGAGUACUAUGUUCAAUGUUAAUGUCGUCGGCUUAGUGAAUGGUACGUCGGCCGGAUGGGGAAACAUGGGUGGUGGUGCGACGCAACUCUUAAUGCCUUUGCUAUACGAGUUAAUCAAAAAGUUCGGUUCAACUUCCUUCACGGCUUGGCGUAUUGCAUUCUUCAUCCCUGGCUGGAUGCAUAUCAUUGCAGGGCUUCUAGUUUUGAUACUUGGCCAAGAUUUGCCUGAUGGAAACUUGAGUUGCUUACAGAAAAAGGGUGAUGUCGGCAAGGACAACCUCUCCAAGGUUUUGUGGUAUGCUGUUACAAACUAUAGGACAUGGAUCUUUGUUCUUCUUUACGGAUUCUCCCUGGGUGUAGAAUUAACCACCGAUAAUGUUAUCGCUGAGUACUUCUACGACAGGUUCGAUCUUAAGCUCCAUGUAGCCGGCAUGAUAGGCGCAUUAGGCAUGGCAAACAUUGUAUCUCGCCCAUUUGGUGGUUAUCUCUCGGACUUGGGUGCACGCAGAUAUGGAAUGAGGGCUCGAUUAUGGAACCUGUGGAUCCUCCAGACAAUGGGAGGUUUAUUCUGCAUUUGGCUAGGCCUUUCCAAUUCACUUCCAGUUGCAAUCUUCACAAUGAUCAUGUUCUCCUUAUGUGCUCAAACUGCAUGUGGAGCUACAUUUGGUAUAAUUCCGUUCAUUUCUCGACGAUCUUUAGGUGUAAUUUCUGGUCUGAUUGGCGCAGGAGGCAACUUUGGUUCGGUGUUAACUCAGUACUUGUUCUUCACGAGAUCAGACUUCACAACUAGCAAAGGCAUAACGCUCAUGGGGAUCAUGACAGUAGCUUUCACACUUCCGGUGGCAUUAGUACAUUUUCCCCAAUGGGGCAGUAUGCUUUUGCCUCCAUCAAAAGAUUCUGCCAUAUUCAACGAGGAGUAUUACUAUGGAUCUGAAUGGACCGACGAAGAGAAAACAAAGGGGUUGCAUUCGAAUAGUAUCAAGUUCGCUGAGAACAGUCGAAUAGAACGAGGUAGCCACCACAUCGAUGGUGGUACCAGGAAUUUUCUUCGGGUUGGGCACUUGGAGAAAAAUUUUGUGCCUCAUAAGAAGAUCGGCAUACCACAGGUGAAAAGUUUAUCACUGAAUUUGCAAAACCCAUGGACCACGGACCACCAAAUUAGCAAUUGUUUGGUAAACCCAAAGCCCACUUUGCACAAACCUAGAAAUUCUGGGAAGAGUUUUGCAGCUUUUGAUUUUCUCUCAGCUAAAUCAUUUUCUGCUGGGAAACGUUUGCAACGAGGAAAUGUGUCUGAAAUUGCAAAGGUUCACCAUACAGAACAUGGGUGGAAAAAAAGUGCAUGUGCUAUCACAUUCAAUAACAAGGGUAUGCUCGUUAGAUUACCUACAAAAGAAGUUUCAAAGAAUGUCUUGCAUGCACCUGCAAUCUUUCAGUGA